AUGCCCAGGACCACUGAGAACAGUCUUCGAGGAUCUUCAUGUUGCUGCUGUCACUCCUGCACCUCCAGAGCUGAGCUAAUCUUUGCUGUUAGCCUGGUGGAACACCAUCUGAGGGAAGGCAGCCAUUCCCGGAGGCUCAGUGAUAUGGUGCCCAUCUUCCUUGUAGCCAUCCUGGAGUUCCUCACCAGCAGGCUGCUGGAGCUGGCGAGCAAUGAGGCCCAAUGCAGAGUUACACAGAGGUGCAUCACUACAGAAAUGCUGGAUUUGGUGGUCUACAAUACGCUGCUCAGUAAAUUGUUCCAAUUCAUCACCAUCUCCCAGAACAUAGUUUCAUUGUCCUUUACAGUCGAUGGGAGCACGGCUCCUGGACUUCUGGUGAUAGUAAAUGCCAUGAGACUCAGAUGGUUUCUCAUGGGAGUACUGAUCACUGACAUCAUCAUGGCCCCUAGCUGCAGCAGGACCACAGAUCUGAACAUGGCCCUUUGUGGCACCAUGUUCUAUGAACAUUGA